UCAACUUGUACAUGCGAAAAGUGACAGCAACAACGAUCUGUCGGCUGAAAACUGAUCAUAUUUAGUUGUGUUAGUAAUUAGGGCGUUACCUUUCAAAGUCCACUCACUAUUCAUUUUUUAGUGGCGAGUUUUAAUUCACGCAAAAUGGUGUUUUACUUCACAAGUGCCGUUGUGGCGCCUCCGUACACGAUCUACAUGGGAAAGGACAAGUAUGAAAAUGAGGAUCUAAUCAAAUACGGAUGGCCCGAGGACAUCUGGUUUCAUGUGGACAAACUUUCCUCGGCUCACGUUUACUUGAGGUUGCCAAAGGGUCAGACCAUAGAUGGUAUUCCUCCAGAGGUGCUGAUAGACUGUGCACAGCUGGUGAAAAACAACAGCAUCCAAGGAUGUAAGAUGAACAACAUCAACGUUGUGUACACACCAUGGGCCAACCUGAAGAAAACCGGAGACAUGGACGUAGGACAGAUCGGCUUCCAUCGACAGAAAGAAGUGAAGAUCGUAGCAGUGGAGAAGAAGAUCAAUGAGAUCGUAAACCGUCUGGAGAAAACAAAAGCAGAACGCUUCCCUGACCUGGCGGCAGAGAAAGAGUUGAGAGACACAGAGGAGAGGAACGAAAAGAAGGCUCAACUUCAAGAACAGAAGAGGAGAGAGAAGGAAGAGCAGAAGAGGAAAAAAGAGAUGGAGGAACUCAGAAACUAUUCAUCGCUGAUGAAGAGUGAAAAGAUGAAGACUAAUGAGGAUGGCUACGAUUCAGAUGACUUCAUGUAAGAGGUUAAGACGAGGCAGCUAGCAGACAGACUCCUUCUCCACCACUCAGAUCUGCUGUCAGGACGCUCCCCUGCUGCUUUUGCUUGCUGUAACUCUGCACUGACAUUGGAAGAAAAAAAGACAAAUGGAUACCUUGAACUUUUGGUCACCAGGAGCAGAAAGCGAACCAGGGAGGGACAGCCCCGGGACUUGUUCCACAUGCUGACUGGUUCAGAUACUGCUUCCAAACCAAACCAGGCUGGCAGACCUUUUCAUCACAGAAUAAAACUGUAGAGGAAAAACACAGGACAUUACAGAGAGAAACAGCCGAACAGUGUUUGCUUUGGUUUUUACUGCCAUGUCGACUGAUGUUGAUUUAUGCUAAAUCUGGUCUCUGUGUGGGUGUUUUAAUUACCCUGCAAAGCUGAAGACCACAAACCCUUCUGCUCACUUUCUUCAUGUGUUAAUUUCUCUGCUUGUCAGAUUUUAUUGAAUACAAUUCAAUGGAUGAAUUAAACUCACGUAGUAACUGG